UGAAUAUAUAAAUAAACUAUACUCCUUGGAUAAACAUUUCAAAAUUCAAAUAGUUUAUUUCAAAGUUGAAACCUUUCAGAAAAUUUUCUAGGCAAAUUAACGAAUUUCAAAAAUGAAAAAUUGUUACAUCUCACUACUGAAUUAAAUAAAGAUUUAUUUCAUGAUGGAACUGUAUACACUGGCUCCGCAGGCUUGGCUUUAUAUUAUUUAAUGUUUUCAUUGAAUGGAAAAAAUGUGUCUCAUGAUAUGUUGCAGCAAGCUCUUAAUUAUAUUGACAUUAAUAAUUUAAGAGGAAGCAGGAUUAGCUUUUUAUGUGGUGAUGCUGGUCCACUUGCAAUAGCUACAGUUAUAUCAUACAAGUUUGGCAAUGGAAGACCUGAUAAUUUACCUGAUUAUCACAACUUAGUUAAACGAUUAAUAAAUCUUAGUAUGUUAGUACAAGAGUCACCAGAUGAACUGCUCUAUGGAAGGGUUGGAUAUCUGUAUGCAUUACUCUUUGUUAAUAAAUAUAUAGGUGGGAAGAAUGGUGUAUCGGCAAACAACAUUGAAAAAGUAAUUUCUUCUAUAUUAAAAUCUGGGAAACAGUUUUCGCAACAGAUUAAAUCUGAAAGUCCGCUUUUAUGGCAGUGGCAUGAUAAGAUCUACUUGGGUGCAGCUCAUGGAAUAUCAGGAAUUCUGUAUGUAUUAUUACAGGGUCGUUCGUACAUCAACGCAGACGAAAUAAGAAGUUUUAUCAAACCAACACUGGAUUGGCUUCUGAAUCAACGAUUUCCAAGUGGAAAUUUCCCAUCGUCUCUUAAGAGCAGUUCCGGAGAUAGAUUAGUCCAAUGGUGCCAUGGAGCACCGGGCUUUGUUCCCUUAUGUUUAUUAGCAUACGAGAUAUUUCACGAAGAAAAGUAUCUCAACAUUGCUAUACAAUGUGGAGAUGUAAUAUGGCAGCGAGGUCUAUGCGCAAAAGGAUUCAGCAUUUGUCAUGGAGUAGCUGGAAAUGCUUACGCAUUUCUGCAACUUUAUCAAGUGACUAAAAAAGCUGUCUAUUUAUACCGCGCGUGCUGUUUCGUGGAGUGGUGCGCGUGCGGGCGGGCGGGCACGGAGCUGCGCCGCCCCGACCGACCGGCGUCGCUGUUCGAGGGGUUGCUGGGACGCAUCUACUUAGCAGCCGAUAUUGUUAAUCCAAUGGAGGCCAAUUAAUUUAAUUUCCUGCAUUUUGUUUAUAAUAUUCUAAUGUUCUGUGAUUAUUGCUUUAAUAUUUGGAUUUAAUUUUAUAGUUAUCCGAAAUUAAUAAAUUCGUAAUAAAUAAUACACAUGUGUUGCAUAUAUUUUAUGGCUUAUUUUUGAAUAAUACAAAAUCAUUAUAAAAAUCUUGGUCAGUUAUAAUAUUAUUUUGAAGAAAGAUUUACAUAGAUAUAA